CGUUUCCUAGAAAAGCACCUAAACAUGAUCUUGUAAUGAGUGUGCGUGUAAGAGAGUAUUUAAAGAGGGGAGAAGAUUUAGCACUUGCAGUGAUUCUUCUUGCAGUUUGUGUUUUGUUUGACUUCGUCAUGCAGCAAAUCUACACACAGAGCCAUGAAGAGUUUGAGGUGUUCACCACUGUUCUGUCGCCUCAAGUUUGUCAGAAGAGAGUGAUAUUCAAGCACCAAGGAGAAAUGAUGGUUGUGGCAGCAGACUACAGCGCAGACUGUGAUGAAGAGCUGAGUGUCCGUGCCGGUGAGGUUGUGUUGCUGCUGUAUCAGGAGAAUGCUGACUGGUGUUAUGUCCGACUUCAGAACGGAAAGGAAGGAUACCUGCCCACAGCCUGCUUCACUACGAGGGCGUUCUCUGAAUCUGCUGCGGCGAGCGUCUCUGUCAGGAGUGCCAGGUUCACCUCGGUUGCUUCAGCGGCUGCUCUCUCGUCGACGUAGUGAGGGACAUGCUGUACGUUCGAUCGGCUCCAUCAAUCAUGCAUUUCAUCCUGACUGAUCCAUCUAACCCUAGAGCUCCAGUUUUCUCUUCUAAAUGGGUCACAGAACAUCAGAAACUAGGACAAGUCUGACACCAAAGUUCAGUCUGCAUGCAACUCCUUCAGAUUUGGAGAUAAAACUGACUUUGGUGUCCUGAUUAGGGUUUGGGGCCUCGGUAACUUCGUAGCCAGUUCCUAGCACUGAAACUGUUAACUGGUGUUAAGAAUCUUUACCAUUACUGCCCCGUGUAAAUAUGUGAAUACUGGUAAAAAAAAAAAAAAAAAAUGUAAAGCCCUGCAAGUUGCUUUGGAUAAAAGCGUCUGCUACAUGCAUAAAUGUAAAUAUUGUGAUUUUUUUUUUUUUUAUCCGAAAUUUCACACUCUUCUUCACCUAUGAAUGUAUAUAAUAUGUACAUGUUUUGACUAAUAAUACAGAAAGACUACAAUGAGAAAUUGUGAUUAUGUGUAAGUUUGUGUAAUAUAUAUAUAUAUAUGUAAUUUUUAUAUUAUAAUGAUAGUGUUGCCAAAGUUAAUACUAACCCAAAAAAGUAUAAAAAUAAAAUUAUUUUUAAUCUAUAACAAAACACAGAGAAAACGCACUUGCAGAAAACCAUUUACAAUGGAAGUAUUAAAGUAUUAUGUAGUGUAUCUAAGUUUUUGUGUAUAUAUUUUCCAUUUUUCCUUUUUUUUUUUUCGACCCUGAAUUUGUUUUAUUCUGCAUAUUACAUAAAAAUCAUACAAUGUAAUUUCAACCACACCUCAGAUCAUAACUUACCACACCACAAAGUAUCUAAACUAAACUAAAUUAUUAUUAUUUAUUAUUUGCCAUUUUCGAUGGUAUGAAUACUGUUAAAUGAUGGUUUACCCUUGAUGCUCUUUCAUUUUUAUGGACUUUUUAGCUUGUAUUUUGAGGACGUUGGCACAUAGCUCUGACUGCUGCAAAAUGUAAUGAAAUUAAAAGUCAUUUUGUAAUUCACAGGCUUUAAUGAUCAUCACUUCAUCAGGCUUAACUAGGAGAAAAUAUCAACUCUAAUUUGGUAAUACGUUACAAUUAGGUUUAAUUUGUGAAUGCAUUAUGUAUUAUGAACUAACAAUGAACAAUUUCAUUUAACUUCAGAAUUUAUGAAAAU